AUAUUCUUGUUGGUAACUUUGUCGUUAACUUUGAAACUGAUACGAGAGGUCUCUAGUGGCCACGAAUCGUACGACACAUCGUGAAUCUAUUCCACGCGUGGUCUGUGGCGUGUGUGCUAAUUAACAUUAUAACCUACAUUCGAACUCAAAACACUGUUAAGAAUUCACGUGCAACUUUCAUGAAUCGAUUGUUGAAAGCGUGUUCGUAACUAUUGAUCAAGAACGAUAUCAAUGAAGUAAAGAAUAGUAACUUUGUUUGUAAGAAGUGAACAUAACCUAAUGAACAUUCAUCGACGCUUUCUUUCUGUGACUUUGGUGUAAUGAUCGAAGAGUAAAAAGUGCAGACGUGAAAAAUGAGUGACUCUGAUAGAGAAGACGGUCCACAGCAAACAGGACCUGUGGACAAUGCGUGGUCGUUGAAAAUUCCGAACUUUACACCCAAGGACAAUCCUCAUCGUCUGCUGGAAGAGAGUUCGUUUGCGACGUUGUUCCCGAAAUACCGAGAAAAAUACUUGAAAGAACACUGGCCGCUGAUUCAGAAAGCAUUGGAGGAGUAUGCGGUCAAGGCAGAAUUGGAUCUCAUCGAAGGUAGUAUGACAGUCAAAACCACGCGAAAAACGUGGGAUCCUUAUAUUAUUGUCAAAGCUCGCGACAUGAUUAAGCUUCUGUCGCGAUCAGUUCCUUUCGAGCAAGCUACCAGAGUAUUGCAGGAUGACAUUGGUUCGGAUAUCAUAAAAAUAUCUUCGUUGGUUAGAAACAGAGAAAAGUUUGUCAAGCGGCGUCAGAGGCUUAUCGGUCCCAAUGGUUGUACCUUGAAAUCUAUCGAGCUGCUUACAAAUUGUUAUGUACUCGUGCAGGGACAAACGGUGGCUGCGUUAGGUCCUUACAAAGGUCUUCAGCAAGUCAGACGUAUAGUGGAAGAUACUAUGAAAAAUAUCCAUCCAAUUUAUAAUGUUAAGGCAUUAAUGAUUAAAAGAGAGUUGGCAAAAGAUCCAAAAUUAAUGAACGAGAAUUGGGAGAGGUUUCUUCCAAAGUUCAACAGCAAGAACGUCAGUAAACGGAAACAACCUCUGAAGAAGAAGGAGAAGAAACCUUAUACGCCGUUCCCACCGCCACAGCAGGAGAGCAAGAUAGACAAGAUGAUAGCGUCUGGUGAAUACUUCUUGAAGGAGGAACAGAAGAGGGCCAAGAGGAAGAGGGAACAAGACAUCAAGCACGAAGAGGCUGAGAAGAAGAGACAAGAACGUAGAGCACAGGCAUUCGUACCGCCAGAAGAGAAGUCUAAAGAAAGCAAAGAGCAGAAGAACGAUAUAAAUUUAAAUGAAUUUAAGAAGAAAGUUAAAAAAGGAUUGAAAAAACGUAGUGCAAAGUCUUAAAAACUGCUUGAAAAUUGUAAGACUCAUUUUUCGUGACGGAAACACGAUAACUAAAUCCAUACACAAAGUUCUUAAUGAAGAAAGGUACUUGUUGAUACGUGAAUUUUUUUUAUGGGAACGACUCGCGUAUAAAUAUACGGAGUAAUUCCAUUGUUUUAUUAAAAAACAUUUUUUCUAUAAGUACUAUAAUAUCGCAUUCUUAACAUAAAUGUGUAAAUAUAGAUAAGUAUAUACGCAUUGUAUACAUCGUAGAAAUUCAGUGGUUUGCUUUGAUGACAGGUAUUUAGACUCCAAAACCAAGUGUCCGUGUAUUUCUCAGGAUCGUUUUAUUAGCAGAAAUUGUAAAUUCGUUACAAUUUCAAUGUAGUCGAACGUAAAAAAAUGAACAAUCAGUUCUUCGUGCCGAGUCUGCGUGUAUCAAUAUAAUCCCUCGAAAUAAAUAUCAGAUCGUAAGUUGAAAAUAGCUGGCAUUAAACGUACGAUGCUCAAUGUCAAAAUUCAAUAUCACUUCGCCUCGUUUUCGAAACACAUUUCCAAGGAUUACAUUUCUGCGACACGCUAUGCGGGAUGAUUCAGAAGCGUUGUCCGAAAAUUUAAUGGGCGCGUUUUACGCGACUCGCGAAUACGAAUUGAAAGGUAAAUUUUGGUCUUGCUAUGGUUUUAAAGCCACAGUGGCUUGCCAGCGGUAAAAAGGUGUAAUCAGAAUGCGUGUAAGUCAUAUGGGGUCGAUGUCGAGACGUAAAAUGCGACUGUAAAUUGUUCGACAUCAUUUUAGAAUCAUCUUUGUAUGGUGUAGUUUUGGAACAGCGCGCUUCAGAAUGCGAGGCCUUGUCUCAACGAAUAUAAAAUUAACCAAGAACCGAACGCGUCGUACGAGAGAGACUGGAAAAUGUUCGUUUCAAUGUACAAGUGAAUUUCUUAUUUUAUUCGCGUCCAGCAGAAAUUAGUCCCCGUCUCUCUGACACGCGUAUCAAAACAUCGAACGGGUUACUCUGCUACCUUAACGUUAGGUUUGAAUCGCUCGUUAUCUUACAGCUUACAGAUUCAUGGAAGUACGACGUUUCGUUAUCUUAUACUUAGAUCGUAAACAUAUUAUUUACAGUUAUUACGCGGUUAAUGGUUGUCUCGUUACUCGCGAAGCACGCAACGAAAGCGAUGAACGAGAAAAGUGUUCGCGUUGACGACGAAGAAAGUGCUACUCGGAGACGCAUUAGGACGGGAGAGAAAGAGAGAGAGAGUUAAUUAAUCGAGUACGUAGAAGUAUUUACAGCGCAUCGAUUCGCAAGUCGUUCGGGUAGUUACUGAAUUAAAAGCGCCGCGAUUCGAUCGAAAUUAUUUGGUCGUUCAUGGUCAGCGAGGAGUUAUGAUUUCGUUAGAACCACCUUUUUCUGUUUCUCGAACAGAGAGGCAAGCUACCCUCUAGCAGGAAUUUCGUCUGGGUUGAGCAACAAACUGAUUUCGAUCCAAUUGCAGCGCGUCGAAUUAAAAUUUCGGGAUGAGACGAUAUUUGCCUAAAAUCGUUUUCAAUAGGCGAGGCAGAUCAACGUGCGAUGGUAUUCGUAGAAUGAACACAUAUGGGGCGAUUGCUCGUGUAAGAAAACACUUCACGUGUCGAUA